CGUUCUUGCCUCUAUCUCCUGUCGUCGCCGUAGCUUAAGCCGUCGUUGCCAUUCAUCUCCGCCGCUCAAAUAUCUGUCGCGUUCAUCUCCAUCUAGGCUUCUGAAACUCAAUUUGAAAGGUAAACAAGUAAUGGCAACUUCAUCAUCGUUAAUUUCAAUACAAGAUAAAAAAGAGAAGCAGCUUGCAAGUUUAAAGCAGCCUCUUAAAGCAGCCUCAAGUUUAAAAGCACUCGUGGACCUUCAGUUAGAUUGUGAAAAAAAGGCGUUAAUGAAAAAAUAUAUUUUCUACAAUUUGUUACAAGUUACAUAUAGAAGAGAGAGCUCUGCCUCUUUAAUUUCCCUUUUUUGUGAAGUCUAUGACCCGGUAAAAAAAAGCUUUGUGUUCAACAAUAACGUGUCCUUUUCUUUCUGUGCUGAAGAGGUUGCUGAAGUCCUCGGUAUUAAAAAUACCGGGAAUAGUUUAGAAUACACUGCUGCAGAAAGAUUUCCGGAGUUUGUUUAUGAGUUGAAAGAAAAUUUUGAUCCUGACGGUUCUAGACAAAUAAAAACAAAAGCGAUUUUUGUUGUGCUGCCCCGAUCCCAAGAAGACACGUGUAUCUUCUUGGGGAAUGGUCGAAGACAUCAAUGCCUUUGA